AUGCAUAACGACCAAGGUGAUUAUAAUUUGAACAAUCCCUCUUACAACACGCCACAACAGCAGCAUGUGAUUCAAAAUCAAAAUCAACAGGCCUACUAUCAAACAGGUUAUUUUUAUAUCAUUUUGAUUCACGCGAAUUUUAAAGCAUCAGGAAGAUCGGCACCUUUUGGAACUUCGAUGAGAAGUGCGCUGCAUCCAUCUACCCAAGGAACGCCGCAGCAAAUGGCGUAUUAUUCUCCGGCCACUCAAUCUCAGUUUGCCAACCCUCCUCCGGUCAAACAAGUUUUUAAAACAGCUUUCAUUGAGUACGGAAGAGAAAAAAAAAUUUUAGCCGAGAGUUUCCUACAACACCUCUUACUACACCGAUUCGCAGAUGCCGGUGGGACAGGCUCUCACUCGCCAAGUUGUUCAGCAGAAGCCCAUUCCAGUUCACAUCUCAGCGUCUUCUUCAGGUUCCGUCCUUGAGAAAGUGAUCCAAAUUUUGUUGAGAUUUUGAAUCAAUUUUUUUCAGGUUAAAUUAGAUCAGCUUGUGAAACAAGUCAAUCCGAACACCGUAUUGGAAGAAAAUGUCAAAGAUGCACUGAUUGAAUACGCAGAUGAAAUGGUGGAUGAGGUUUGCUUUUUUUUUUUUGGUUCAACUGUUAUAAAAAUUAAUUCAGCUCGUAGAAAAGGUAUGCCAUUUGGUCAAAAACCGAGGGUCAGACAAAAUUCUCGCAAGGGACGUCGAGUUUGUGCUCAAAAAUAAGUACCAAAUGCCAACUGUUAGUUUGUUUUUUUUUUCGAAAGAAGUUGAAAAUGAUUUAGGUUCCUCGAGCGGCUGUGAACAUUUAUGGAGGAAAUCCGGCCGGAGAAGUGCCGGACCCGAGAAAUGUUUCUCUGGAGGCCCACCGACAACGACAGGCGAUGCUCAAAAAACAAUCAAAGAGAUUCUGA